CACCUAACGGGAGCUCUGAAAAAAUGGGUGGUGUGUUUGUGUGAGUGGAAAAAAAAGGCAUGGAGAGGAGACACGCAAAAAGGCAAGCUCGCCUUCCAGCGCCUCUGACGUCUGACCAGAUGACAGCUGAUCCGGCAGCGACACAUGAAGGACUGCGCCAACAUGGUUUUACACCAAAAUAGCGGGGUACCUCGCUUUGUGAUGAUUGCUUUGCAGCGAUACGCAGUGUAAUUGCUCAAGUCCCGUCUGGGGGACACGCGUGCCAACUAACACAUCAUCAGCGGAGCGGUGCAAGAGUUGCCUUCUGGUGUGAGUCUGCUUGGAUCUUGAACGCCGUCGCCGGAUUUCAAUCACCCGAAUAGGUUAUGAGUCAUGGAAGCGGGAUCGCUGGUGCGCGCCGUGUUCGAGUUCCUCCCCAGCGUCUCCGAGGAGCUGCCCCUCUUCACCGGCGAUGUCAUCGAGGUGCUCGGCGUGGUGGACGAGUUCUGGUUGCUGGGCAACAAAGACGGCGUCACCGGUCAGUUUCCCAGCACUUUUGUGGAAGAGGUGACCAUUCCCAGCUCCAAGCCUGAAGAUCCCCUCUACGUGUGCGUCAAUGAUUUCUGCUCCACGCAACCGGACGGUCUUUCCCUCGUGAGAGGCGACGUGCUGGUUGGCCAGGCGGGGGAGUCCACGGCCUUUGGAGAAUCCUGGCUUUGUGGCUGCAACGCCCGGGGGGCCCGCGGCGUCUUCCCCGCAUCCUGCGUGAAGGAGCUGACCCUCUCGUGCCGCUCCAGGCAGCUGUCGGAGCGCUCGGCCCAGGCUCAGACUUCGGACCUGCCGGCGUACGCCCUCGGCCGGGCCCGGGCUCUCAUGAGUCUGCACGCGCAGCUCAACGAGGAGCUGGACUUCCGCGAGGGGGACGCCAUCAUCAUCACCGGGCUGCCCGAGCCGGGCUGGUUCGAGGGGGAGCUGGACGGCCGCAGGGGCGUCUUUCCCGAGGGCUUCGUGGAGCUCCUGAGUCCUCUUCGGUCACCCCGGGAGCUCGCGCGCUGCCCCUGUUUCGGCGAUGACCGCGACGAUGCCGCCGAAGAAGACGCCGCCGAAGAUGCGGAGGUGGAGGAGCGGCAGAAAGAGUCGGCCCCACAAGGCGAUGCGGAGGCGGAAGGCGCCGUGUACGGAGUGGCGCUCUACGAGUUCCGGGCCAUGGAGCCCGCCGAGUUGGACUUUGACGUGGGCGACCGCAUCCGCGUCGUCGACACCAUGGACGACGGCUGGCUGGAGGGCGAACUGAGAGGGCGGCGUGGCAUCUUUCCGCAUCGUUUUGUCCAAAUCGACGACUCCGGCCUAAAAAUGGCCAAGGGAACAGGUCAACAUGAACCCGAGGGGGAGGAGGAGGAGGAGAGCACUUUCCAAAACGGCUCCGAUCCUUCGUGCCCCAACGGCGACGACCUUAAUGUGACCUCUUAUGAAGAUCACACGAUAUGGGAUCUGGACUACUUUGAGAGGAGCGAGGAGCGGAGAUGGCCCGGCGUAAGCGAGACCAACGCGGCCCCGAAGGAAAGCAGGAGGGAGAGCCGUUCCAGCAGCGGGCCGCAGAGACCCAAAGGUAGGCCGCCGGCGAGGCCUCGACUCCCGCCGCCGCGCCCCAGCCGGCCCGCACGCAGCCACGUCAGCCCAGUCGCCGCUCAAGCUAAAUUAUCGCCGAGCCUCACUCUUCCCGGCACGAGCCGCAGCGCCACGCUGGGGCAAGCGUUGAUGAGCCUCGUGGAGAACCCCAAACAGAAGAAGCCGGGCCUCGGCGGGGGCCAAAGCCAAUGGCGCCGCUCCCAGCAGAAGGCGCGCUGCGGCUCCAACGGCCCGGCGCCGUCGUCCUUCGCCCUGGACGCUUUGCUGACGUCGGCCGGCGACUUGGAGGCCAAACUCUCCCAGCAGCUCUUUGAAUUUGAGAAAAGCCUGACGGCGUCGCCGAGCGCCGGCACUUCCGGCCGGCGAUCUCCCGUCUCCAGACACUUCUCCAUUGUGGGCUACAGCGACGAGAGCGACAUCAUCCGCGGGUCCUGGCGUUCCCCGGGGCGCAGCUCCGCUUCCUCCUCCUCAGAGAGGCGCGGGGCCCUUCGCCCGCCGCCCCCUCGUCCGCGAGCCGUUCGUCCCAGAGGCGCACCCGCGAGCGGACCGGCCCGCCCCGCUCUCCGGCCGCCUCCGCCGACCCCGAGACCCGCCGCCCAUCCCUCCCUCAACAACAAGCCCGUCUUCCUUCCCCCCGAUGAGCCAACUCCAAGCAUCUCGGACCCGAUGUCUGAAGGUCCGGCCGAUCUCAACGACCCGGCAGCCAGCGGGGAACACGAGGUCCGGUUCCAGCCGGAAGCCGAGACGGAUCUGGAGGCGGAGAUGGAGCCGGAGAGCCAAGAGCAGGGGCCGCGGGAGGACAGUUACCGGCUGUCGCUGCGGCUCCGAGAGGUGGAGAACGACAUGGAGGCGUACGCGCGCACCGCCGAGGAGCUCCGGGCCAUGCUGGAGGAGGACGAGGAGGAGGCGGCCCGCGCGCAGGUCAUGGAGAACCUGGAGUUCUGCAACUACACGCUGGAGACGCUGGCUUUGGAGCAGCGCCAGUUGCAAGAAAUGACGCAGCUGUCGUCGGAGCCCCCGAAGCCCGCUUCGGCCGGCGAUGCCGCGCCCGCCGCCGACGCCGAGGACCCCGAGCUGAGGAUGCUGGAGAAGCGAUCCAAGGUGAUCGAGGAGAUGCUGCAGACGGAGAAGGACUACAUCAAGGACCUGCAAAUGUGCGUGCUGGAGAUCGUCGAGCCUCUGAAGAAGAAGCAGGUGAAGAACGUGGACUAUGACGGACUUUUUGGCAACAUCAACUCUGUGAUCGAUCUGUCUCAGCGGCUGUUUGAAACGCUGGAGGAAACGGACUCUAUCGGAAAGGUCUUCCUGGACUUUAAAGCGGAGCUGGAGGCGGUGUACAACGUCUAUUGCCAGAACCACGACGACGCCAUCUCGCUGCUGGAAACCUACGAGAAAGACGAAAACAUCCAGCGCCAUGUGUUGGAGUGUCUGGAGAGGCUGAGGGCCAUAUAUCGAGAGUGGGGCAAAACAAACUACAUCAACCUGGGCUCUUUCCUCAUCAAGCCGGUGCAGCGGGUCAUGCGCUACCCGCUGCUGCUCGUGGAGCUGCUGGGGGCCACGCCCGAGAGCCACCACGACCGGCCCCAGCUCGCUCAGGCCCUGCAGGCUGUCAAGGAAAUCAACGUCAACAUCAACGAGUACAAGCGCCGGAAGGACCUUGUGGUGAAGUACAGGAAGGGCGACGAGGACACGUUCAUCGACAAAAUCUCCAAACUGAGCAUGCAUUCCAUCAUCAAGAAGUCCAACCGUGUCAGCAGUCACCUCAAGCACCUGACGGGAAUUUCACCCCAGAUUAAAGACGAGGCGUUCGACGAGGCUGAAAGGAGGUUCCGGCUGCAGGAGAGACUCAUUAAAUCUUUCGUCCGGGACAUUUCCUUGUACCUGCAGCAUAUCAGGGAAUCGGCCUCGGUGAAGGUGCUGGCGGCCAUCAGCUUCUGCGACAUCUACACGGAGCAAAGUCUCCCCGACCCGGAGCGCUUCCAGAGAGCCCAUCGCUGCAUCAGCGACAAGCAGUUCACCGAAUUUAAGGAGCGCACGGAAGCUUUGGUGAUCAACCCGCUCACCCAGCUACUACUCAUGUUCGCCGGGCCUCACAAGCUGGUCCAGAAGCGUUUCGACAAGCUGCUGGACUACGACAGUUGCAAGGAGCGAGCCGAGCGCCUCAAGGACCGGCGGGUUCAAGACGAGCUGCAGGUGGCGCGCAGCAACUACGAGGCGCUCAACGCCCAACUUUUGGACGAGCUGCCAAAGUUCCACAGCGCCGCCGAGGAGCUCCUCGCCGGCUGCAUCAAGGCCUUCGCUCAGGCUCAGAAAGACUUCAUGAAGACGACCCUCGGGGAGCUGAAACCUCUCCUUCAAGCCUUUUCUCGCAAGGUCGGCACUGAGGGCAACUUGGUGGCCCAGUUCCAAGAAGAGUACGGUCGCGUGCUUCAGCUGCUGCAGAGCUUCAGCUUCUGCCCUGAAAACCUGCCCGCAGCCGCCGCCGCCGCCGUCGCCACAACCGGCGCGACCGUUAGCCCCAGCAAGAAAACCCUGGAGAAGCACAGCUCCAAAAAGCAACUCCAAGGACCCCCCAACUGCAUCUUGCAGACCGAGCAGCAUCGCGCCGGCCUGAUGGCGCGCUACGGUCCCGGGAAACUCUUCCAGGCCGAGAGGAACUUCAAUGCGGCCCAGGAUCUGGACGUGUCCAUCCUGGAGGGGGACCUGGUGGGCAUCAUCAAGCAGCAGGACCCGAUGGGGAGCAACAAUCGCUGGCUGAUUGACAACGGCGUCACCAAGGGCUUCGUGUACAGUUCCUUCCUCAAGCCCUACAACCAGCGCCGGAGCCAGUCGGACGUCUCCAUCGAGAGCCAGUCGUCCAACGAGUCGGGCUACGGCGGCUCCUCGCCCGUUUUCUCUCGCCAGAACAGCAACAGCACGCUAACCUUCAGCCAGGAAACGGCAACCGUCAGCUUCUCCACGACGCAAGCCCAAAGCCGCUCGUCUCCGCACCCGUCCCCGGACUCCGCCCCGUCUCGCGGGCUUCACCCCGACCCGGCCGGUCAGAGCGACUCCUCGCCGCGGAACCCCUCUGACCGCAAGGAGUCGGCCGAGCGCCGCGCCGCCUCCGGUCAAAGGAACGUCGAGUCUUCGCACCAGAGCUCGGGCCGCCACGGGGACCCGUACGAUGGCAGUCGCGCCGGCCCGAGUGACCAGUCGGAGACGGACUCCUCUUCCUCGCGCAGAAACGCCUCGCAGCAGAGACACGGCGACAAGGCUUCCAACUCUUACCGGUGGAGGAACGGCGGCCUCGAGAAAUCCGCCUACUCUCUCGACGACUUCAGCGAGCCCGAAUCGGAGCGCGAUGCGGAAUUGGACGGGCACCAGAUCUACUUUGCCCUGUACUCCUUCAGUGCUCGUUGCGCCAACGAACUGAGCAUUUCGGCCAACCAGCGUCUACGCAUCCUGGAGUUCCAGGACAUGAACGGCAACGCCGAGUGGUGGCUCGGCGAGGCCGGCGGCCGACGAGGCUACGUGCCGUCCAAUUACAUCCGGAAGUCCGAGUACACCUGAGCGUUUGCGACACGGCGCUGAGACUGUUUGCGCAGAGGCAACACAACCACAAACAAGCGGCUUAUUUUUGAAGUGAUUGACUUUUGCUCCUAGCGCCAUGCCCGUAUUUAAAGAAAAAAAAAUAUAGUACUUUCCAUUGAACCCUGUAAAGUAAUGAGGAUAAUACAUUGAGUAUUAAUAACACAUCGUGAAAGGUUAAAAAGAGACCCAUUUUUUUUAAAUUGGGGGGGGGGGGAACCCGACCACUGUGUUCAUUGCACUUUCUCCAUUUGGCAUCAUAAGAAUGGUGUGGCUAUGCCGAACUGUACCCAACAAUCAAAGUGUGAGUGUGUUGCAGUUUGAGGAGAGUGUGUGUGUGAUUUUUUUGAUUUUAUUUUUUUUUUUAAAUCUGCACUCCUUAACUUCUCUCCAUGUCAGUGGCCUAUUUUUUAUUUUUUUAAACCUGGAGUGACACUGUGAAAUGAUGUGGGAAAAACCAAGUUUUGACCUCUUUGUUCAAUAAAGGAGAGCAUGUUUGCUCCCUGUGUACAUACUGUAUGUAAUGUUGUUGUAUAUGGAAUAUUUGCGUGCCAUCUCACCUUUUUGAUUAAACCAACCAUGUGAGAAUGA